CGUCAAUCAUAAAGCCGUAUCAACAGUAUGCAGUAAUUAAUCCGAAUGAAAUCAAAUUAUUUCUUUAUAAGAAGAUCAAAUGAUAAGGUUUGAAAAAUCGUAUCGAAACAACAAUCGCAAAAAUGCUAAAUGGUAACAAAUUCUAGGAACGGUUUAUUCAAACAGUUUAUUUUAGCGGGUUCCAUUUUAAAAACAAAGCUAUUUCUUUCUAUUUUUGUAAAACUAAUUAGUAAAAUAAUUGAAUAUCAUGAAAAUUUUUACAUGUUUUGGCUUUUAACCUUGAACGAGACAUCGACCGAUUCGAUAACAUUACGAACAAGUAUCGGAUCGGUGUUGUCCCUAUCUAGGAGACUAUUACGUGGUCUGCGUUUGACAUCUGCGCAUUUCUCACGUUCGUUCGGAGGAAAAAUCAAAACAAUCAAUAUGGCGGACCCGAACAACGAAGCUGCAUCGUCGAGUAGCGUUUCGGAGCAGGCCCCUACGGCCACUCCAAUUCGCGACGAUCUUGAAAAAAUAGAGGACUUUCUUGAACCAGAUAAAAAGCGUCGUAAAGUGUCACGGAACGAUGGAAAAACCGAGCAAAAAUUGGAACACCGCUUGGGCGGCAUCCUUUGCUGCGCAGUUUGUCUCGAUUUACCCAAGGCGGCCGUUUAUCAGUGUACAAAUGGACACUUGAUGUGUGCCGGUUGCUUCACUCAUGUCCUCGCAGAUGCCAGGCUAAGAGAUGAAAUGGCAACAUGUCCCAACUGCAGAAUCGAGAUCAGCAGAACAUCUCCAUCUCGAAAUUUGGCAGUUGAAAAAGCAGUAUCUGAAUUACCAGCAGAAUGUCAAUAUUGUGCAAAGGAAUUCCCAAGGAAUUCCUUAGAACGUCAUGAAGAGACCAUGUGUGAAGAAAGAAUAUCAAGUUGCAAAUAUAGUAGAAUCGGUUGUCCAUGGCGUGGACCUAAUCACGAACGUCCAGAACACGAGGCACAUUGUGUACAUCCGCAUCGUUCAGGCCUGGAUGUCAUGGAAGCUCUACGUGAUAUCGAUGCUCGUACUCUUGAAGAACGUAGGCUGUAUGACAAUGUCUUUGAUCUUUUGUCCUACGAGAAAAUCACAUUUAACGAUUUACAAAUGAAGCCAUAUCGCACGGACGAGUUUGUUCAUAAAUUAUUUUAUGAAACUUCUCGUUUUACGGCGUUUAACAAUCAAUGGGUUGUAAAAGCUAGGAUCAAUAAUAGUCAGCGUGAUCCUACACAAAGUUCAGAAAGAGACAUGACUUAUCAAUUAAUUUUGAAAACAAAAACAACGUAUCCAUUACCGCUUCAUUAUUUGAUAUUGAAAGGACCUUUCGGAGAUAUGAAAGUACAACCAAGAAUACAUAAAUUCGAAUUCACCGAUCAAGAAAACGAGAGUCCUUAUUUACCUUUACCUUUACCUGAUACGGCAGAGUGCAAUAGACUGCUUGCUGCAAGAGCUAUUAGUUUCAGACUAAUAAUGUUUUUGGCAUCCAAGUAGUUCCACAAAACAAUUGCUGUUAUCAAGAUUUUAUCGAGAAUGAAUUAUAAUUGACACAACUUUUUAGAUUUAACAGUGAUAAGAACAUAGAUCACACAACGGUUUAUAACCGACUAUUAGUAGUGUUUAACCGUAACAAUAAAAACAAAGAUGCUAAUUCUACUGUAGUCUAUACACAUAUUACAUUCAGAAAAAUGUUACACUGCGUUGAAACCGCAAAUAGUAUGACACAGUUAUAGCAAAUGUAAUUUUCGAAAAAUGUAGAAUGUUUAAUUUUGUUUUUUUAUUUUUAUUGAGAAAUUUCUUUUUGUUAACUGUCUAAAAUUCAUUUGAGCUUUAUGUAAAUCAUUGUUGUUAGACAAGUGUAUUAAAUUGCAUUGAUAUUGGUAAAUAGAACUAUUACACAGAGAA